AUGAAAACCUUUGUGUCAUCGCCAAUAAGGAUCAGUGUGGAUAAUCAAGCUGCCAUGCUCAUCGCAAAGAACCAGAUAACAUCUGAACGCAUUGGGGUGUCGGGUCACUGUGAAGGACAGGUUUUGACUCAGAUAGCUCACGACAAAGUUAAAGACUUGGCCCCAACUUUGCAAAAAUUGGUUUGUGAUUUAGAUGCAGUGGUAAAUUACCUUGAUGUGAAUCAACUAAAUUCUUCAACAAUAUAUUGUUCUGAUGAUUUAGAGGAAACUCCCAGAUCCCAGAAUGUGAAAAUCCCCGAAAAAGAUGAAAGCGCCAAAUCAGUGUUUCUGACAGAAACUAAUAAUCAUGAGGAACAAAAGGGCUCAGAAGAAAUAAAUGCUUCAACAUCUACAAUCAAGACACCUGUAUGGCCAUACAGUCCUCUAAAGUCUAUUAAGGAACGCCUGGUAGUUCCUGACCCAGAAAGUGGAAGGUCACGUCAAUGCAAUACAACAACAAGCUUUGAAGAACCUUGCCUGGAUUUUAUCCCAGUGAAUCCUGAACAAUGGUGCGAUCAAACUGUAAGAGGAGUUAUUUUUAAACUUGCUGAUGAAAUACAUCAAUAUGAACUUGGGAAGUUAUGCCCUCUUUCUCACGGUAUGAUUUCCAAAAUAUUGAGGAACAAAUACGUGCAUACCAUCAGUCAUAAGACAUGUCUCAAGUUCGCUAAAUGGUAUUUCAAAUAUAGAGAAAAAACUGCAGGUAAACAAGAUGGGGAUAACUUCAAUGGUUUGGAGGGACGAGAACCUGCAAAAGAAAUUCUUCAUUUUUCCAUUUUUUCUUAUCAAAAUUUGGAAAUGUUUUCAUCUAACGUUAGCAGUAAUGGAAUAGAAAAUUUGCACCGUCUUGGUAGUUCUCAAGAUAGCUACAGAAGUUAUCACUUGGGUGACGUAGAAAUCUCGAGUGAUGCAACAUUAGAAGAUCUCAAAACUAAAGUUCUUACGCUUGAACCAUUAACGGUAUAUGUAUAAUAUAUGUAUGUAUAAUAUAUGUAUAAUAACCAUCAUUGAACAGUUAACCCAAUUUUUGGGUUUAUGACUACUAAUGCUCAACUCUGUAGCCUUGUAGUUUUUAACCCAAUCCAGAAGGCAAGAAAGCUCCUGGAUCAAGUAUUGGGAGAAAUUUUGCCUUUGUGAAGGACUUUCUGAUGCUAAGGUUGGUAUGGGGGUUUUGCUGUUGGAUUGUGGGACUGAAAACGUGCUGUGUGCGAUUGCAUAUACGAUGGUUACUGAAUUUUCAUUAAAAAAAGAAAAAAUAUGUUUAUGUUUUGCAUUUUUUCUCUCCAAAAGAAUUCAUAAGGGAAGCGGUUGAAUUUGAGCUGCAAUUUUUCCCACAAACAUUGAAUAUUAUGUAUAUCAACUAAUUUAAUUUCAAAUUGUGCAUGUUUGAUUGUACAACAUUUAAAUUUUUUUUGUUUUUGAUUUGUUAUUUAAAGGAGAUAUAAUUUGUCAAAGAUGUUUAAUUUUAUAAAUAGAAUACAAAAUAUUAUCCAAAUGACUAUGAUAGGUAUAAUUAGUUAUUAUAUUACAAAUGAUAUAUAUAUAUAUAAACAAAUUAAAAUUUUAAUAUUGUGCAAAAUUUUUCUGAAAGAAGUUUCAAUAAUCUUUGCUGGUUGUUAGAAUUCUUUAUUUACCAAGUGUUUUUACGGCAUACUUUGUUUUAAAAUGAAUGAAAAUAAACUAUUUUGUAUUUUAAGAUAGGAAAUUAAAAAUACAUUCCCAGAACUUAGCAGCUAAAAUAUUACAUAAAGAAGAAGACUUAAUGUAAGUAUAUUUCUUACUGUCCUUUCCUUACAAAGUUGGAUCCUUGAUUGCAAAUGUUAUUCUUUCUUUUUAUCAGGCCGUCAGCAAUCGUAUUAAAUCUGUGCCAACGUUUACCUGAUUCAAAGUCCUAUACUGAGCUGAUAGAAAUGGUUUGGGAUGCUAGCAAAUCUUCUAGUCCUAAACAUCUAAAAAAAAGUAUUGCCAAGUAUUUUCAAGUUCCUAUCAAAAGGAUUGUGAUAGCCAAGCAUUUUCCCGAUAAAUAUCGGUGGCUUAUCGUCGAUGAUGGCACCACAG